CGACGCAUCCGGAUACGGGGCAGCCGGCACCGAGUGUUGGCAGCAACUUCAACUGCCGCAAGCCGCCGAGUCUCAGGGGCGCUGGACGACGCGGCAGGCCCUGCUGUCGGCGCCACAGGCCCUACGACGCAUGGUCGUUGGCUCAGAGCCAACUGCAGCAGCGACGACUGCCGAACGGACGCGGUACACGGAAGCGAGACGGUAGCAGCAUGCCAAGGCCAAAGGGUUGCCCAACGACCCGAGUGCACGCGUGUGAAGAAUGUGGCUGCAUGGACCGGCGCACGGGGUCGGACGCAGCGGCGACGUGUCGCGUCAGGAACGUUGGCGGCGCAUCCGGAUACGGUGCCACGGCGUGCGGAAGAUUUUGGGCAGAAACGACCGAAGCCAAGAAGCGACGAUGGCCAGCUGGAUGCGCUCGGGGCUGCAGAACGUCGUCGACGGAUCGCGACGGCUCAAGGAAGAGAUCCUCCAAAACGCAGGCGUCUACGGCGCCGGGUAUUCGGACCCAGUCCUCGAAGCACGCACGCAGCGGUAUGCACAGCACAGCGUUGCGAUCGACCGGCUCCACGCAGCGACGACGACGUACAUCAAGCAGCUCGACGCGCUAUCGGUCGCGUCCACGAGCCUCGCGCACGAAUUCAAGAGCUACUUCAACAUGCAGCUCUCUCACGCCACGGGCCAAGACGACGCGUCGGAUGGGCUUGUGGGGCAGCUCGCCCGCGCGUCCGACUGUCUCGAGACGCUGCACUGGACGCUCAAGCAGCACGUCGUUGACGCGUCGGCGUCCAUGCUCACGGAGAAGGUGCUCAAGCCACUUGGCAAGCUCAAGCAGGACGCUGCUGGGACGCAAAAGACCAUCCAGCAGCGCAAGCAAAAGAUCCUGGACUUUGACGCGCUUCGGCGGUCCACGGGCACGAGCCGUCCGUCGGCGGAAGCACAGACGCGGCUGCGCACGUCCGAGGAAGCGGUCGUUGCGGUCACGACGCAGCUCAACGCGGCGCUGGACGCGCUCGAAGCCCAGCGUGGAUACCUUCUUCGCACCGAACUUCUCUCGCUCUCGGCGUCCCAUGUCUUUGCAUCGAGCAAGAGCGCCGAGACCUUCCAGCAGCUCAUCCCGCUCAUGCCCGGCAUGGGCUUUUGGCUCACGGAGCUGAGUGGCAAGUCGGCGGGCUUGGUGGACCCGACUGCGGGUCCGGUGCCUGGUAUCUUGGACUAUGCGGGGCCAGACGCUGUGCUCUCGUCGCCGGUCAAUGCGAUGAGCCUCCUCGAUCUCCCAACGACCGACGUUCCACGCUUGAACGACCAAGACCCGUUUGAGCGCAUGCACUGCGCGCAGCAGCUGGCGCAAGAGACGUACCAAGCGGCGCCCGAAGCGACCCGCGAUGCAACGCCAACGACGAGCAGCAACCCCGUCGAUGCGUUCGACGUGGGACUGCAGUGGAUGAGCUAGAGCGAUACCAGAUGCGCCACCAUUGCAUUUUACAGACGUAAGAAUAGCUACAACACGGUUUGCUCUUCCAAGCUAGCUGCUGCU